UGGAGGAAAUUUUGAACAACGGAAUGAAUAAGUCUUAUAUAGCAUGUACCCAGUAAUAACGGUUGUAAUAUUGCGUAUAAUAAAAAGAUAUUUAUUAACUGGGAAUGUAUAAGUUGGAAUUCUAUUGAUUGGUAUCGACAUUGUACCUGCGCCGUGGUACAUUUGUGAGCUCACUUGUUAAUGAAGAAAUCAAUUAAGCAAGUGUCAAUCUCUUCCUGUCAUUGGAUAUAAGUAGACUCCAAAGCACAUUCCGAGUGUACAAUGAAAUAUUCCGAAAGUAUAUUAGAAGAGAAUUUCCAAUCAGCGUGAUAUUAUUUCCUCAGAACCUCAUGCAGAUAAUUAUAAUACUAUUGUCAUCCAAGAUAUGGAAAUUUGAUGGCAACUGUUUUAGACUUUCUGCUCUGAUGAAUUACAACAAAACUAUCAAAUUGGAAUCUACAAUGACUUAUUGAAUUUUUUUUAGUGACUGUGUUUCAUCUAUUAAAAGCCUUGAAGCCUGAUUGAAAUUGAGAUUACAAAUCUGCAGUUUGCAGUUUAGAAAAGAACUAUUACAUAAAGUUAUUGGAAAUUGGUUUAAAUUGUCUCCGACACUACAUGAUGUGAAUAACAAUAAAUGUACAAUCAAUGUGUCAAGGAACAUAUCAGGUUUAAGAGAAGGAAAUUACUUUAAGCUUCUUUUUAUUGGACACUUCACAAGGAAUUGAUUACAAAUUGCUGCAAACAUUUGAAAUAAUCGUGCUAAUUACUCGUCUGAGCUAAGCAAAGUAUCUUUUAUACAUAACUCAACAAUAUGACGAUGACAACGAAAGGCAAACACAGAGAACUGCGGGUGGAAACCAGGUCUUCUUCUAGGCAAUCAAAUCACUCAGGAAAUUCUUCUCCAAAAUUAUUAUCCCCAAGGGAUAGGAAAUUUAAAGCAAACUUUCCUUUAUCGCCUGCAAUGGGAACAGAACUUGAAAGACUUAAACAGGCAUACACUCCAGUGGAAAAGGUGGCUAAACCGGAACCAGAAGAACGACCUCUAAUACGAAGUUUCUCAACAGUUCCGCACCGUGUGCCGGGAACGGCGAUUGUAAAUACAAAAUUCCGCUCACUUGGUGGAAAAGUUACAAACCUACUUCGUGUGAGAAAAGCUUUUGCAACAUCAAAGAAAGAUGAGGAUGAUAUCAUUACUUCAAACAAACAUUUGCCUAAAGAACCACGAUUCUCUUCGUCACUUUCCCCGGCAGCACAGUUCGCCAUGAUGAAAGGAUACGAAGAUGCCGUGUAUGAAAAUCUAUGUAAACAUUACCCUGCCAGUAAACUGUUUCUAAAAAGAAGUAAAAUGCCCCCUAGGGGUUAUAUUGAUAUCGGAAAUGUUGGAAAAUUAUUGCAAACUACGAUACCCGAGGACGGACAGAAUGAUAUUGGUAGUGAGAACGCCUUAAAGAAACUUGAUAUUACCACGGAAAGUCGAUUGGAACGUAAAGAACGACUUACCAGGAUGAAAUCAGAACCACAUGCUAAUACAUCUAAAGAUUUGUUAAAUCGUAGGGCUAAUUACCAAAGGACAAAAAGUAUGCCUUUAGUCGUUAUACCUUCCGUUCCUCGAGAGAAACGAUUGAUUUUAUCUCACCGGUUACAAAGCGCUAUGGAUAUACUAGACACUGUCCGGGGUAAUGUCGGACAAAACUCUAUUUCUCCUCGGAUUCAUAGUUAUCCAAGACAAAUUCAGCCGGUGUCAGACUUUAAUCAGUGGUCAUCCAUUUGGUCAAAUGAAUUUAAAAUCAGUAGGACCACCGGUAAGACUUGAGAUUCAUUUGGUUUUAUUUUGUUUACAUAACUAUACUUAAGUAUAAUUAUAUUUUAUAUCAAUUCCAAAUUCGAUUUUAUACUUUUAUUGUGUUAUUUUAAUUAAAAUUUAUACAGGAGUA